CAUUGAUUCACAUGGACCCAAAACUGGUGAAGAGAUCCCUUGAGUUGAGUCUGAAGAACUUGCAGUUAUCAUAUGUAGAUCUGUAUCUCGUUCACCUUCAUAUACCUCUAGUAUACGAUGGUGACGACACCAAUGUCUCUCCCAAAAACGAAGCCGGAAACUGGAAUGCAGCAGACAAGUGGGAUCUGUUGGGAACUUGGAAGGCAAUGGAGGAACUUGUAGACCAGGGAUUGACCAAUUCUAUUGGAGUGUCUAACUUCAGUAUCUCGCAAGUUGAAAGAAUCUGCAAGGUGGCCAAGCACAAACCUGUUACAAACCAAAUGGAAAGUCACAUAUUUCUCCCACAGACAGAUUUGUUUGAGGCUUGUAAGAAGCACAGAGUAACAAUUACAGAGUAUUCUCCACUCGGUUCUCCAGGAAGACCGGCGGAAAUUAAAAAAGCAGACGAUCCUGUUGUCUUAGAAGAUCCUGUCAUCGUGAAAUUAACCAAAAUAUAUGGGAAAACUCCAGCUCAGAGUCCAAAAGAUGAGGUUAAGGCAGCCGUACGGGCUGCUUUGGAUGCUGAUUACAGACACAUUGACACGGCCUACAAUUAUAUGAAUGAAGAUGCAAUUGGAGAGGUUCUGCAGGAAUACAUAAAGAGUGGAAAAGUGAAAAGAGAGGAAUUGUUUAUUGUUACUAAGCUUCCAAUGAUUCAUAUGGACCCAAAAUUGGUAAAGAGAUCCCUUGAGUUGAGCCUGAAGAAUCUGCAGUUAUCAUAUGUAGAUCUGUACCUUGUUCAUUUCCCUAUACCUCUAGUGUACGAGGGGGACGACACCAACGUCUUCCCCCAAAAUGAGGCCGGAGGCUGGAGGGCAGCUGACAAAUGGGAUCUGAUAGGAACAUGGAAGGCAAUGGAGGAACUUGUAGACCUGGGGUUGACAAAAUGUAUUGGAGUUUCUAACUUUAGUAUCUCACAAGUUGAAAGAAUCUGCGAAGUGGCUAAGCACAAGCCCGUUACAAACCAAGUCGAAUGCCACAUAUAUCUUCCACAGAAAGAUUUAUUUGAGGCUUGUAAGAAGCAUGGAAUAACAAUUACAGCAUAUUCGCCAUUCGGUUCUCCAGGCAGACCUGCUUUUAUUAAACAAGCAAGCGAUCCUGUUGUCUUAGAAGACCCUGUCAUCUUGAAAAUAGCAAAGAAAUAUGGUAAAACUCCAGCGCAGGUUGUUCUCCGAAAUCUCAUCCAAAGAGGUAUGAUUGUGAUUCCAAAGAGUACAAAUCCAGAGAGAAUUCGUAGCAAUUUCCAGGUUUUUGAUUUUUCUCUAUCAAAAGAGGACAUGGAAGAGAUUGACAAGAUUAAAACUAGACUCCGCUACUUCGAUAGUAUGGGUGUGAUGUUUAAGGAUCACCCAGAACGUCCCUGGUGAAGUUAACAAACCAAAUGAAUGUAAAUUGCAUUAUUUCUGCAAAUCGUACUUGGACUUUCAAAAAAAGAGACCUAAUGACAGUCCAUUUCAUCUUCAUUUUUUUAAAUUUUGAAUUGGAAUUGUGUGAUAAUUUCUAAUAGAAAUAGGUUUAAGAUGUGUGAGUUGAUUGUUUUAAUAUCCAUGAAUAAUUUAACCUCUGAUACACGUAGAGCUGUCCUAGUUUGCCUAUAUUUGAUUAUUCAUGGUGUGUUCUUAACAAAGAGAAAUUAGAACUUGUACACUGUAUAUCGAAAAUGUUUUAGUAAAAAUGCUGAACUAAA